UAUUUGCAUGUCAUGAGGUCUAAGGGAAACAAAUUGACCCUCAGCCUUCCCACAUCCAGGCAAAUUCUGAUAGGACACUCAAAUAGUUCUGGCAAAGUAUUCUGUUUCUUUUGGACUUAAUGAAUCCUUUUUUCUGUGAAGACAUGUAAUUAUUUCUUCCUUUAUUUUGCCGCACAAGUUACCAAGAGAAGCAGCUUAAAACUAAAUAUCACGUGGAGGGCUCCAGUAGGAUGACCAGCAGUCACACAGACUGUCAUUUCUGCCUGCAGUCUCUCCGUGGCAGGAAAUAUGCACUAAGAGAUGAAAAUGCUUACUGUGUUCCGUGUUAUGACAGCCUGUACGCCAACCCCUGUGAAGAGUGCAAGCAACCCAUUGAGUGCAGCUCCAAGGAUCUGGCCUACAAAGGCCGCCACUGGCAUGAGGGGUGCUUCAGGUGUGCCAAGUGCCGUCGCUCACUUGUGGAGAAACCAUUUGCUGCCAAGGACGAGGUCUUGCUGUGUACCGACUGCUACUCCGAUGAGUAUUCAUCCAAGUGUUUUCACUGCCAGAAGACCAUUAUGCCCGGUUCACGUAAAAUGGAAUUUAAGGGAAGUUCCUGGCAUGAAUCCUGUUUCGUUUGCCAGUAUUGUCGGCAACCAUUGGGAACAAGACCAUUAAUCACCAAAGACAAUGAGAAUUACUGUGUGCCCUGUUUUGAGAAGCAAUUUUCUCACCAUUGCUAUGCUUGCAAAAAGGUUAUAACUUCUGGAGGAGUGACCUACCAUGACCAGCCUUGGCAUAAAGAGUGCUUUGUGUGUGCUGUGUGUAAAACUCAGCUGUCGAGGCAAAGAUUCAUUUCCAAAGAUGAGUACCCAUACUGCGUGGACUGUUUCAGCAAAUUUUAUGCCAAUAAGUGUGCUGCUUGCAGUAAACCUAUUACAGCUCUCGGAGGUGCCAAAUACAUCUCAUUUGAGGAGCGUCAGUGGCACGGGGAAUGCUUUAACUGCAUGAAAUGCUCUGUCUCCCUGGUGGGCCAGGAAUUCCUCACUCGGCAGGAUGACAUCCUUUGCCACAAAUGCGGCUCGGCUUCAUAGUUCUGUGGAAAGCUGUGCAGCUGUACAGCUUCACUAUUCCCACUCUGCUGUAAGAAAACCAGAUAAAAGGCACUACAGUUAUUUAGUCAUUCAAGUAAUUUUGCAACAGCAGUUUAACUCCAUCCUAGCUCGCAACUGCUUAUAAACAAAAAUUAAACAACUGCCCCAUACUGCUUAAUAAAACAAUGCAGAAAAGAUUUGUAUAUAUUUUAAGCCUAACUCGACUAUGUUUUCCUUGUAACACACUGCACUCUGCUGUUAGAAUCUCAAAAAUUUGUCUUUUAUCACCUAUGAACCAGAGAGGAUUUAAAAGUCUGUCUGGCAUAUGAAUAAUGAUGAGGCAUUAGCACUGAUUCACAGAUGCAGAUCUUGGCAGGGAAAGCUGGGCACAAGCAUUUUUCUAAUGGAUAAUAACACUGAAGAGAACACCUUGUAAAUAUUAUAUUCUUCCAUACCUUGGGCAAAAAAGAUGCCGAAAAAGCAGGCAGAAACUGUGAAUAGGAGAUGCUUUCACACUGAAGACUGCAGAGUCAGAGAGGGCCAUUCAAAGGGACAAUUCAAUGGAAAAAAAGGUCACUUCCCUUACUGGGAUUGCUACCCAAAGAAGUCACCCAAAACACUACAGCACAGGUCCUUUCCCAAAACUGGGUAACUGUAUUUAAUUUUUUAGGCAAAGCUGGUCUAGAACAUACAUAAACCCAUAUUUUCAACUACUGCAAGAGGUAAGGAUUGCCCAAGAUUGGAUAGUGCUGACAUACAUUUUCCCAUAAUCAAUAUGCCUUAAGACUUUUUCCACUGCCUUUGCUAUACCUUCAAGUACAGGCCUAAAAUAUAUUUUUUGUAUUAGUUGACACAAGAGCCAAUUAAUACUGGUCCCUUUAAUCUUGUACUUCAUUCAAAACCACUUUGCCAGCAAUUGAAGCCCUGUUAAGGAUCUUACAUGCUUGGUCUUUGAUUCCCAGUUCAUUCCUAUGCUUGUAAAUUCCUUCUUGUGGACAGCAGGCUAUAAACUCUCCAGAACCAAUUCCUGAUUCAUUUCACCAUUAACCACAUGGUUUUUUUAACAGUAUGUCAAGAAUUAGUAAUUGUCAUUGCAAGCCAAGCAGCUCUUGCUUGCAGUACAAGGCCUUAGUUUCUAGGUAGCCAGCCUUUAUAUCUACUUGCUGAGCUCCAGCACUCAAAUAUCUACUAUUAAAGGGCAACUAGAACUGAGUUACAAACAGCUAUCUUCUUCCAUAAUGUGUGUCACAGUGGCCUGGUUCGUGUACUGGGACACUGUGGAUGGAGCAGUGAUGUUAGGAAUGGCAGGUUCUGCACUGUCCAGCAGAGUUUGAGUCCUCAUCUCGCAUGUCUUUAAGUCAUUCUUCUUUAGACUCUAACCUUGAGUACACAGAGUUAUUUGGCUAACUUGAGUGGACUUCAUUCAUAUUGAAGACAGACAUUACUUUGGGUAGAAAAGUGAAAAAAAAAAAAAGAAUAUGUGUGCAUGGCUAAGCCAGGUCUGAAGUGCAGUGGCAUGAAAUCACUAUGGAUUGCGACUAACCAAUGAGUACAUAGCAGUCUGUUGUCAAUCAAUAAUAUAUUGAUCUUUUUCUCUAUGUAGUGUUAGUUUUUGGUUUUCAUCUUCUUCUUUCAUAGCAGCUUUUAUUGCAGUCUAGAGUUUGAUUAGUUUAUGUUUUUCAUUUUACCCCAGCUGCUUCCUUUUCUAUUUACACAUCUCCUAUGGCUGACACAGGUUCUUGGUAAGGUUUAGAUUCCCAUAAAUAGAAAUAUGUUUCAUUGCCUUAUAUGUAUAAAUAUAUAUAUAUAUAUAUACAUAUACAUACAUACAAACACACAGACAUAGUGGCUCACGGUUAUGUAUGAUGUUCUAAAAAUUUGCAUUGUUAGUACAUGUUAACGGUCUUAAAUUUUUUAAUUAAAAUUAUGAAUCACCAUGUUUGGGCUUGUCUGUGGGGUGUACCUUUUGUUUGUGUGAAAUAACAUUCAGCACAUCUCAAGAGUGUGGUUUGGGGCCUUUAUUCAGUCUCCUCUGAAGAAUCAUAAAUCUUAAUUACAAAUUGACGCAGGAAUUACCAGGCAGCCUCCUAAGACAUGGGGAUGUCACAGGUCAGACACACUGAUCAUGAUAAUCCUAGUCUUCCAGCCUUAACAUUUAUGAAAAUGAAAUUCUCCUCUGACUCAUCAACUAAUUAUAUUUUUAGAAAUACCAACUGAAUUAUUUAUUUCUUCUGCAGUAAAUACUGUAUAGUCAAAUCUGACACUGAGCAUUUUCACUUCAGAAUAAUAGUAAGAAAGAAAUAUGAUUGCUAUAAAUAGCCUGAAUAAAAGUUAUAUUAGAUAGAAAAUUGCUAUUUCCUAGUCUCUGACACCAGCUACCAAUGCCUGAAUAUAAGUACAGUGAUACUCUGGUGGUGGGCUGACCCUGGCUGGACACCAGGUGCCCACAAAAAGCCCCUCUAUCACUCCCCUCUGCAGCUGGAUAGGGGAGAAGAAACACUACUCAAGGCUCGUGGGUGUAGAUAAGGAGAGAGAGACAUCUCUCAGCAAUUACUGUGACAGGAAAACAGUCUUGACUUGAGGGGAAAAUAAUUUGUUAGCAAUCAAAUCAGAGUGAAUAAUGAG